UCCUCAGGCUCAGCUGCUUGGGGGCCGUGUGUGCCCAGAGCCAGGCACAUUUGAGACUGGGAUCUCGGUGGGAGCACACAAUCACCAGCAGCCAUGUCUGUGGAAGAGGAAAGCCGUCCUUUUGCCCAGCAGCUGUCCAAUGUCUACUUCACAAUCCUUUCGCUUUUCUGCUUCAAACUCUUUGUGAAAAUCAGCCUUGCCAUCCUCAGUCACUUCUACAUUGUGAAAGGAAACCGUAAGGAAGCGGCGAGGAUAGCAGCUGAGUUCUACGGAGUGACCCAAGGCCAAGGUUCUUGGGCAGAUCGAUCACCACUCCAUGAAGCAGCAAGUCAAGGCCGUCUUCUUGCUCUGAAGACUUUACUGUCACAGGGAUAUAAUGUAAAUACAGUGACAAUCGACCAUGUCACUCCCCUGCAUGAGGCGUGCCUGGGAGAUCAUGUUGCCUGUGCUAGGACUCUUCUCGAAGCUGGAGCCAAUGUGAAUGCAACCACAAUCGAUGGUGUGACCCCAUUAUUCAAUGCCUGCUCCCGAGGAAGUGCUAGCUGCAUCGAGCUACUGUUGGAGUACGGUGCCAAAGCUCAGCUGGAGUCCUGCCUUCCCUCACCGAUGCAUGAGGCAGCCAGCAGAGGUCAUUGUGAAUGUCUCGAAGCUCUGAUAUCCUGGGGCAUAGAUGUUGACCAAGACAUUCCUCACCUGGGCACCCCUCUGUAUGUGGCUUGUAUGGCACAGCAAUACCAUUGUGUCCAAAAGCUUCUUUAUGCAGGUGCUGAUGUACAAAAAGGCAAGUAUUGGGACACUCCAUUACACGCUGCUGCUCAGCAGUCCAGUUUAGAGAUCGUGGGUGCUCUGCUUGAAUUUGGGGCUGACAUCAAUGCUAAAAAUACAGAGCUCCAGCGGCCUGUGGAUUUAGCUACUCCCAGCAGCAACGUAGAGAGAAUGUUGCUGCAGCAGGAAGCCACCCCGAGCUCUCUGUGCCAACUGUGCCGGCUGUGUAUCCGCAACUGCAUAGGAAGAGCAAGGCUCCAUCUCGUUCCCCAGCUCCAGCUUCCAACGCUCCUGAAAGACUUCCUACAAUACCGAUAAAGCAGUAAACUCACCCUUGACGACUGCGGAAGCAAAUGUUGAUGUUUGUUUUCUAGAAUGCUGUAUGUUUCCUGUCUAAAUAUCCUAGGGAUGAGGUAAAAUACCUGUGGGGAAGAUGUGUAGGUAGCUCUAGUUUGAGAUCUAUUGAUUGGACAUUGAAUUAUUUUGGUUGAUGUUAAAUAUCUUUUGUAUUUUAUGUAUCAAGGCACCAUAUGGUCUACAUUUCAUUAGCUAGUCCACAGAAUACCUUUGUUGAUGUAAGACAAAAAAACAAAAAACCUCUACCUUUCAUGUAAUCUAAUCUUCAAACAGAAACAAAAAUGCAAACUUAUUAAAACUGUUCAGAUUACAUUACACUGUAAAAUGUGAUCUCUCUUCACGUAUAUGGUUAGUGACAUAGUUGUAUCUACUAAAACUGUUUAUUGCAGUUUGUUUGUUUUUACACAACUGUAGACUGUGAGUCAUGCUUUGGAAAGAACAGGGAGAGAUCUUGGAUCUGAGCUGUACUGUAUUAAAGGAAAUUCCCUUUAUUGAUUUUUUUUUUUUACUUUUUCAUUCUAAGGAACGUGUUGAAAAGGAAAAACAAGAUAAAGACCCUAAAGAACCUACAAAGGGUACUAAACAUUUAGAAAGCCACUAAGAGCCUAAAUAGGGUUUGUUAAAGAAACAAAACAAUAGGUGUUGUUUAUCCAGGGUGGACUGGGCCUAAAAUACUAACUUGGCCCUUAGAGCUACCUGUCACUCACCUGUCACACCUCCUCCUUCUGAGGGACAGACUUAUGUACCAGAGAUUUCUCCUCAAUGUUUAGAUACAUCAGCUUAGAAACCGAGGAGCAAAUUUCAGGAAUUGUGAAGUAGAUGUGGUAAGCCAAACAGGUAGGACUGACACUUGGCAAAAUUGAUUAAGAAGCCGUGAUGUACACUCCUCAGUCUCCAGGGAACAGGUCAGUCCAGCACUGAAUAAAAUGCAAGAUACACCUUUUAGAAGAAAUUGGUUAAAAAAGAGAAUUACUUAGUUUUAAAAAGAAAUACCAGUAGGAUAUUAUUUUAAUAGGCUAAACAACAUCAAAAUCUCCAACACUGUAUCCAAACCUCAUUAAUGGCAUAUUGUUGUUUACAAUAAAAGGUAGUGUUUGCUAUAUUUAUAGACAAUAAUGAAUGGAUGGGAUGGGGGUGGGAGAAAGGGGGGUGUUAUGAAUAUGGGAGUUUCUUCUAUGCCAGUGGUGCCUGCAAGGGUAAAUAUGACUGUAUUCAUCCCUUGAGUUGUAAGUAUAUUUGAGUGAAAUGUAAAAUAUUCUUA